UGCGCAGAACUUGAGCAAGACAGAGGGGGCUCUCUGCAGGGCAGAAAACACUUUCAUCUGGACUACCGUAACCACCUCCAGCCCUACUUUUCCAACAUCCACUCCACAAACAUGACAGCGACUAUAAUUUCUUCUUUCCUCGACUACGGAGACGUGUCUUACAAGAACAACAAGAUGUUGACGUAUCCCAACAACAACAACGGCCUCGGAGGAGCCCUGUUGGACUCCAGCCCUUCCCCCUGCUCCCCAACAGGCCCCCUGCUGGACAGGAAGGCGGUGGGGGGCCCCCUCGCCAGGGGCCUGUUCCAGCGACGCCAUUCUGCCAGCAUGCCCAGCGGCAAAUUCAACCAGAACCAGUUCCUCAACAGCCUCAAGCUAGACCCGGCCGGGCUGCUGGGCGGCGGCGGCGGCGACGAGGGCUGCCUGCUGAGCUUGACUGGCAACAACAACAACAACAACAAGGAGAACCGCUUCAGGGACCGCUCGUUCUCCGAGACGGGCGACCGGCUCCGGUCCGGGGGCCAGAUGGGCGGUGGCCAGGUGAACUCCAGCCGAUACAAGACGGAGCUGUGCCGACCCUUCGAGGAGAACGGCGCCUGCAAGUACGGCGACAAGUGCCAGUUUGCGCACGGCAUGCACGAGCUGCGCAGCCUCAGCCGCCACCCCAAGUACAAGACGGAGCUGUGCCGCACCUUCCACACCAUCGGCUUCUGCCCCUACGGGCCCCGCUGCCACUUCAUCCACAACGCGGAGGAGCGCCGCGGCCCCCCGCCGCUCUCGGCCUACAACAAGGCGGAGCGGCCCCGCCUGCAGCACAGCUUCAGCUUCGCCGGCUUCCCCAGCGCCGGGGGGUCCAGGACCGCACCGCCUCGCUGACCCCCCCCGGCGCUCUUCUCCACGGAGGACCUGAGCGACUGGCAGAGCAACCCCUUCACCUACUCCAGCCAGGAGCUCGCCAGCCUCUUCGGGCCCAGCAUGGGCCCCCCCCCCCCGAGCAGGAGGUCCAGCCGGCCGCCCCCCCCCUCGCCGACCUUCUUCCGGCCGGCGGCGGGCAGCCCUCCCAGCCCGCCGGACUCCCUGUCUGACCAGGAGGGCUACCAGAGCAGCUUGGAGAGCCCGAGCGGCUCGGAGUCGCCCCUGCUGGACGCCUCGCGGCGUCUGCCCAUAUUCAGCAACUUCUCCACCUUCUCCAUCGCCGACGACUAAGGUGGUCGGCCCCAGGGGGCCAGAGAGAGCUGUGGUGCUUGAGAGGGUGGGGGUGAGGGACCACAUCGCCUUCCCUGCCCCCCCCCCCCCCCCCCCCCCCCUGCCACCCUUCCUCUACUGGCCUAGUUUACAAGAGCAGCAGACAGUUGUCUGGUUGUUGUAGCCACUGGCUGUCAAGUCAGAAGACGGACUUCCUCUUCUUUGUUGAGACUCCUCAAGCCUUCUCCCCACGUGAACUCUAUUUCCUUAUUUUUCUCUCUCUCCCUUCCUCUCACCCUCUCCGUCAUCCAGAUCAAUUUGAUUCAGCCAACAGACAGCAGGCUUUUUGUGUUCCCCUGUUGUCUCUCUAGCUUUCUCUCUUUCUCGCAACAAGCAGUUACGAAGUUGGAAUCCAAUGUCACGCCUGUUAUGUAUACCCCAGUGCCACAGAUGAACGAAUCAUGUGAACAGUUGUAAAUGUAGCUUAGCGUUGGGGCGGGGGGAGUUUAUAACAUAAUGGUUAGUAUUAUCUAUCAUGGGGGGGCCAGGCCAGGCUCCUCUAGUGUUGGAGGUGCCCUGGCUGGUGUAUGUAUUUCAGUGUUUCAUGUUCUCCCGAGGACUACGUUCCUACUGCCUGUGCCACCGCCGACCGCACACGGUCCAAGAAGCCCAAAGGAUUUUGAUUUAAAUCAGAGCUGGUUUGGUGUUUUUUGUGUUAUAGGUUGUUGUUUUUUUCACCAAGGUAUGCAUCGAACUAAACCAUUGGACCAGAGUGUUAGUUUUCAUAACGGAAGCCAAGAAAAGUAGACCACAAUUUUCUAAUUUAGCAAAUUUUUCUUCUUCUUGGAAUAAUGUGGAUUUUGGUUCUUGUUCUUUUGAGGUGAAGGGGGAUCCAGCGGUUAGCUUUGCUGUGAUGGGGUUUCAUCCCAUGUGGAGUGGCUUAUACCACCACCAGUAUCAUAAGCACACCAGAAUCCACCACCCUAGGUUAUGUUUUCUGCAGUGUUAACGGAAUUCAACUUUUCUUUUCUUUAUGCCAACAAUUGGAUAUUUUUUUUUUUCACAAGCCAAUGGUCAACCAAGUUUCGGUUGGAGUUGGCAAACGUCAGUCACAAGCAGGCAAUUACUGUCUUUUGUGACAGCCACGGGGAAGGUUACGAUAUUCGUUGCUCCGAUUCUUUGGGAGGGUGGGGGAUUAAUGUGCAUCUUGACAAGUCAAUGUUUUGGCCAUCAAACGGCAGUGGAAAAGGUUGUACAUGGGUUUGAUUCUGCCAUACUCCUCACCACCCAGUUCAGUUAGUCCACCAGUUCAGUUCCUUGACGGAGAGGAACCACAUUACUAACUAUCAAACCAAUCAAAAAUGAGUGCCCAACGCUCCUGUCGAUUCCUGAAUCCAGCGUGUUCAAUAUUAUAUUAUUGUUAUUAUAUUAUUAUUAUUGUUUAGUUCAUUCCAGAAAUCUUUCAGAUGGAGGUUUUGGCUUGUCACUGCUUAUUUAACUUAUCAAAAUGUAUUUAUUGCUGAUCUUAAGCAUUUUUAUUUUGUAUUUAUCUGGAUAAUGAAACAAUAGAAUGUUUCCUUUUGUUAAAUUAUGAUCUUCCGUAUUAAUCGCAAGAUUGUGAAGACAUGUGUUUUAUUUUUUUCACAGUUAAUAUAUUAUACUGCAAUAAUAUAUAGUUUUCUUUUUUUUUUUAUAACUACACGUUGAUUUACUUUGAAAAGUGAACCUUAAUUUAAAACGAAAUGCAGAAAGGGGUUUUGCGUUAUUUAUUCUUUUCAUCCCGCUUGGUGGAAUUGUUGUGUUUUAACGUACUGGAAAGACUUUGACGUGCCAAUGACUAUCUUAACUAAGCUUGGUUUACGAGGCCCAAAGAAACGUGUUUGAUACAAGGUUUUGGUCCUCGUAAACAAAAUUUAUAUAUAUUAAAAGUGACAGAUUAUUAAGCUAUUAAUGUCCCACUUCAUCACAGGUAGCCUGUAAUGGAUGCCAUGGCAUGUGUCAUUCCGCGACAGAAAACCUCUGUAUUAACUGUCUCAAUUCCAGUGCGUUAAGGCCUCCAAUCCGUUCUCCAGUUUCUGCCCUUCACUGUUCCCGUAGACUCCGCAGUGUGGCCCUUGUUCUGUUUGAUUUCUCAAAGUCCCGCUAAAUCGGUGGUAGUUCUUGGUUGUAAGUCAUUUUAAGCUCUUAUGAGUCGUGGAUUUUUAUGGACUUUCGCCUUCCCCCCUCCCUCGCCCCCCCCCCCCCCCAUGAUUAUGGUGCACACACUUAAUAGCACUUUGAGUCAGUCAUCAAGGUAGAUGUGGUGACGUUUGUGAUUUGUCUUUUUUUUUUUUUACCACUUUCCCCCCCACAUAAAGUGCCUAUGAAUACAUUCCAGGUAUCUCAGAUAUUGUGCCUUCAUAUUUUUGUAUAACACAUCAGAUAAAAGGCUAAAAUAUAUUCCUGUAAUUUUAAAGGUUAACAGAAUUUACACGUAUAAAGCAAAUGAAUGUAUUCUCUAGCAGCUGUUGCUGUUCACUACAGUAAUGACUUUAUUCAUGUACCUUUUUUGUAAAGACAGAUUGCAGUUUAAACCAAUAAAAACUCAUUUCUAUUUAA